AUGGAUGCCUACACUGAUUAUCCGCCUUAUGAUUACAGUUACUUUGAGAACUCUACUGACGACGUGCUUUUUAAUCUAAAUGUCACAAUGGAUUGCCCUGGCUCAAACCUGCAUGGCUCCAACAUAUUCAUGCCCAUACUGUACUACGUCAUAUUUUUCAUCGGCUUUCUGGGCAACCUCUUUGUGAUCUUGGUCGUGUGCAGCAAAGGUAGGAAAGGUGGGCGUCUGGUGGACACAUUUGUUGUCAACCUGGCCCUGGCCGACCUCGUCUUCAUCCUCACGCUGCCUCUGUGGGCCAUCUCCGCCGGCCAGAGCGGCUACUGGGAUUUUGGGCUAGCUGGGGACCUGCUGUGUAAAUUGAGCAGCUAUAUUAUAGCCGUGAACCGCUUCUCCAACAUCUUCUUUCUCACCUGCAUGAGUGUUGAUCGCUACCUGGCCGUGGUGAAGCUGAUGGACUCGAGGUACCUCAGGAGCAGCAGGUGCAUCCGUGCCACUUGUGCCGCGGUGUGGUUGGGCUCCCUGGUGCUCGGUAUCCCAUCCCUGGUGUACCGCAGAGUGGAGCCGUCCGGUGACGGACUCUCCUGCGUGGAGGAUAACAACUCACCCUUUCUUCUUGGCCUGAGCCUCGCCAUGGCGUUACUCACCUUUGUCCUACCGGUGCUGAUCAUCGUGCUCUGCUAUGGCACCAUCGUCGUGCAUCUCAACCGCCACUGUGCAGCAAAUCCUCGGGCUGAAGGCCGCCGCAGGCACUCCCUCAAGAUGGUCCUCUGCAUCAUAGUGGCCUUCGUGGUGUCCUGGCUGCCCUUUAACAUCUUCAAGGUCAUCAUAAUUGGCUGGCAGCUCUCAAACAUUGAUCUGAGUUGCGAUGCUCAGUCGUGGCAAAGAAACGGACUCAUCGUCUCGUGCUGCCUGGCCUUCAUCAACAGCUGUGUGAAUCCCGCCAUUUACUUCUUCCUAGACCAUCACUUCAGACAACGGGUUGAGAUCUUAUACAAGAACUUAGGGAGUACAAAGUUACUGCAGAGCCACAACUCUUCAGCCUCAUUCACCAAUGUUGGCACUUCAGAUAGCGUUGGAACAACAGCUGGAAAAACUCAGCUGCAAAUGUUUGAGUAG